GCCUGAAUCUCGCGAUAAAGGCUUAUUGUCUCGCGGGACCGCGGCUGGCAGACGGGCUUUCAGGCGGCCCUGGCCGGGGAAGAGGAGUUGCAUGUGUCGCUUCAGCUGGCGGUAGUGGCGGGAGCGGAGGCGGCGGGGGUUGUGCGACCGCCUGGGUUUGUGAGAUGGCUGCUGAUAUUUCUGAAUCCGGUGGGCAUGAUUGCAAAGGAGAGCCGAGGGGCAAUACCAAGUUAGAUGCAGACUACCCACUUCGAGUCCUCUACUGUGGAGUCUGCUCAUUACCAACAGAGUACUGUGAAUAUAUGCCUGAUGUCGCUAAAUGUCGACAGUGGUUAGAGAAGAAUUUUCCAAAUGAGUUUGCAAAACUUACUGUAGAAAAUUCGCCCAAACAAGAAUCUGGAAUUAGUGAGGGUCAAGGCACAGCAGGGGAAGAAGAAGAGAAGAAAAAGCAGAAGAGAGGUGGAAGGGGUCAAAUAAAGCAAAAAAAGAAGACUGUACCACAAAAGGUUACGAUAGCCAAAAUUCCCAGAGCAAAGAAGAAAUAUGUAACAAGAGUAUGUGGCCUUGCAACUUUUGAAAUUGAUCUAAAAGAAGCACAAAGAUUUUUUGCUCAAAAAUUCUCCUGUGGUGCCUCAGUGACAGGAGAGGAUGAAAUCAUCAUUCAGGGAGACUUUACAGAUGACAUAAUUGAUGUCAUUCAGGAAAAAUGGCCAGAGGUGGAUGAUGAUAGCAUCGAAGAUCUUGGAGAAGUAAAGAAGUGAUUUUGAAAAUUUGUCUCUAUUUAAUGAUUUGAACUGAGAGUUGAUAUGGCCAAAGGGAGAGAGGCCUUUUAAAAAUAUAUAUAUUUAUCCUACAGUAAAACUGUAGACUACCCUCACCCUUGGCAUUUUCACUGUUCUGUAUAAGGCUGCUUGUUUUUUUUAUUGCCAAAGUCUAAUAAACAGGGGAGACUGUCAUGCUUAUGCAUGAAAUAGAAUUUAGUCAAAUAAAAAUUUUUGGUCAUUUGGUA